AUGUCUGUCAUCAGCCGCCGUAUAUUCUCGUCAAUGAUGCUGUUGGAUCCAGCAAUCAGCCCACCGGAGGUGGGUCUCGAUGGGCUCGGCUUUGACUAUAUGACCCUUAGGCGAAGAACCCAUUGGCCGAAUCGGGAGGCGGCUGAGAAGUCUGUCAGAAAGAUGUUCAGCACCUGGGACUCCAAAGUCAUUGACCUAUUCAUGGAAUUCGCCAUCAAGAACGACGAUAACACCGCGUCCAAGGGACCAAGCAGUACACAGUCAGUCUCAUUGGUUACGGAACAGUACCACGAGCUCGUAAACUACCUCAAGCCUACCUUCGUCCAUGGCGAUAACACAAAAGAGCCAGAACUUGUCUAUCAAACCGGCCUUGUCGACAUGUUCCACAUGCUGGGUCACAUUACCUGCAGCACCUUCUUCCUUUGCGGCGGCAGAGAUACACCAAGCGAUGAUGAUAUCAGGGAUUACUGGCAGACCCGAACCUGCGCUCUGCAGUACGCGAAACAGCCUGGAGAGAGGAGGCGCGUUGACGUCAAGGUUUUACCUGAAUUGGGUCAUUUCCUCGCUAUGGAAGACCCCAAGACUUGCGCUGAAGUGAUGGCUAAUUGGAUGGCUGUUGAGUCCGAUAAAUGGAUACAGUUGGAACGAGAAAAAGGGGGAGGUAUUGACGGGUUGGGUGUUAAUGAGAAGAAAGCUUUGGCUCACACUUGGAUGGAGUCUCUGCGGGCUAAGCUCUAA